AUGAAUGAACCAGUGUUAAUUAGUACUGAAAUACCAUAUAAUCUACAAAUAAUCAAUGGAAAGAAUAUUGAAAAUAAAGUUAUUAAUGAAUUUAUUAUUCCAUCAUCAAUUAGUAAAUUAGGAUAUGGUUGUUUUUAUAAAUGUAGAUCAUUAACAUCAAUUAAUUUAUCAUCAUCAAUCAUUGAAUUAGGAAAUGAUUGUUUUAGACAAUGUUCAUUAUUAACAUCAGUUACUAUACCAUCUUCAAUCAGUAAAUUAGGAUAUUGUUGUUUUAAAGAAUGUUCAUCAUUAAAAUCAAUUAAUAUACCAUCAUCUGUUAGUGAAAUAGGAGAUUAUUGUUUUUAUGAAUGUUCAUUAUUAACAUCGGUGUGUGUAGAUAAUCUACAAUUUAUCAGUAAAGAAAGAAUAUUUAUGAAUGAACCAGUGUUAAUUAGUAUUAAAAUACCAGAAAAUAUACAAAUAAUCAAUGGAAAGAAUAUUGAAAAUAAAGUUAUUAAUGAAUUUAUUAUUCCAUCUUCAAUAAGUAAAAUAGGAGAUGGUUGUUUUAGAGAAUGUUAUUCAUUGACAUCAAUUAAUAUACCAGCAACAAUUAAUGAAAUAGGAGAUGCAUGUUUUUGUAGAUGUUAUUCGUUAACAUCAGUUACUAUUCCAUCAUCAAUUAACGAAUUAGGAAAUUGUUGUUUUUGUGGAUGUUUAUCAUUAAAAUCAAUUAAUAUCCCAUCAUCAAUUAGUAAAUUAGGUGAUUUUUGUUUUGAUGAAUGUACAUCAUUAACAUCAAUUAAUAUACCAUCAUCAAUUAAUGAAUUAGGAAAUUGUUGUUUUAGAAGAUGUUCAUCAUUAACAUCAAUUAAUAUACCAUCAUCAAUUAGUAAAUUAGGAGAUGAAUGUUUUAAAUACUGUGAUUCGUUAACAUCAAUUAAUAUACCAUCAUCAAUUAAUGAAAUAGGAAAUUGUUGUUUUUAUGAAUGUUAUUCAUUAAUAUCAAUUAAUAUACCAUCAUCAAUUACAUCAUUUAGAGAAGGAUGUUUUUAUAAAUGUGGAUGUGAAGAAAUAUUAAAAAUGGAUAAAAGAAUACCAAGAGAUUGCUUUGAUAGAGGGUGGUGA